AUGGGUAGGGGGAAAAUUGAGAUUAAGAGAAUUGAAAAUUCUAAUAGCAGACAAGUUACAUUUUCUAAGAGGAGAACUGGCUUGUUGAAGAAGGCUCAGGAGCUUGCUAUUCUUUGUGAUGCUGAGGUUGCUGUCAUCAUUUUUUCAAACACAGGGAAGCUUUUUGAGUUUUCUAGUUCUGGUAUGAAGCGAACACUUUCAAGAUACAACAAAUGCGCAGAUUCUUCUGAGAGUGCAUCAGUGGAAUAUAAAGCAGAGUGUUUUGUUCAGAAGGAAGAUUCUAAGAUGGUGGAGAUUCUUAAAGAUGAAGUUGUAAAACUAGAAACAAAUCAAUUACGGCUGUUGGGAAAGGACUUAGCAGGAUUGGGAUUUAAGGAACUGCAACUUCUAGAGCAGCAAAUUAACGACGCGUUAUUAUCCGUGAAGGAGAAGAAGGAAGAAUUACUUAUGGAGCAACUGGAGCAGUCUAGGAUACAGGAACAGAAGGCUAUGCUGGAGAAUGAAACUUUGCGCAGACAGGUUGAGGAAUUUCGGUGCUUGUUUCCAAUGACGGAACAUGUGAUUCCAAAUUAUCUUCAGUAUCACCAUGUGGAAAGAAAUAAUUCCUUUGUAGAUAAUGGUGUUAAAUGUUCCAGCUUGGCAAGAAGCUGCUCAAAUGACAAAGGAGAUUCAGACACCACAUUGCAUUUAGGGUUACCAGCUGAUGUUCAUCACAAGAGGAAGAGUCCUGAGAAAAAAACCUUUUCUAAUGAUUCAUAG